GUCACAGUGUCCGCGAGGCCGAGCGUCGGCGGGACGAUGAGCGAGUGAGACGAGCGGACGGCGAAGAGACGACGUUGGCAAUCGCGGGAUUCACGCGGUGAGACUGCCGGAAACGACGAACGCUGUGCUGCGCGGUAGACGAGCAGACGUCUCGAUUGGAAGUAGCUGGAAUUGUUGGAAACCCGACUGGGAAUCAGUAGUUUCGCACGCAAUUCUUUCGAAUCUGCAAAAUUCCGAUCGACCGAUCAGCAGCAACGAUCGCCAUUUUCACGUCGCGCUGCAACGGCACGUUUUAUAAGAGACGUUGUUCCAGGUGACACGAGACGUUCAUCGCGCAAUGGCGGAUCUCGAGGCGAAGCUGACGGCGAGCAAGGCGGUGCUGGACAGAUGCAGCAACUGGAUGGAGGCGCAGAAGGAUCGCACGUACGAGCAGGAGACCCUCAAGCGUAAGCUCAAGGAGUUCGAGUUCGACGAUUGGUACAACACGGACUCGGAAUUCGACUCCGUCUCGGAGUGCGGCGGGAAGAAGCGCAAGGUGGGAACGCAGCUGAAGGACGAGAGGCUGGAUUUGGCGUGCGAGUGGAAGGAGUGCACGUAUCGCAGCGGUCACCUGGAGCAAUUUCUGAGGCACGUCUCGAGUCACAUAUCGAACGUGGAGAUAAGCGUGAGGGAGAACGACAACGAGGUCUACGUGUGCCUGUGGAAGGACUGUCCGUACGAGAGCGAUGCGUGCGACAUGAUAAUACGGCAUAUCAAUUAUCACGCCUAUCACACCAAGCUGAAGUGCAUCGGGUCCAACGUUCGUGGAAGAACCAAGUUACCCAAAUGUCGCAGAGAUCUAGAAUGGAAGAACAUCAUAGAUUCCCCACCUCCGCACUUGUGCAGGUGGGAGGAGUGCUUGAAACAGUUCACGAAUUAUCAAAUGUACUUGUAUCACGUUACCGUACACAUGAUGAAUUGCCCGCGCGGCAACCGGGUCAAAGACGGAGUCGAAUGCAAGUGGACAGGGUGCAACGGCAAAUAUUCCAGCCUGCACAAGCUCCGAGAUCACAUGAGGUGCCACACCAAAGAGAAGAUAGUCGCGUGCCCGGACUGCGGCAUCACGUUCGCCUCCAAGACGAAAUUCCACACCCACUGCCAGCGACAAAUUCCCUUGGAAGUGCAGGGAUUCCGUUGUUCGCACUGCAACAAGUUCUACCCGACCGAGGGGAUCUUGCGCGAUCACAUGCGGUCCCACGUGUUCAAUUACAAAUGCACCCUAUGUGACAUGAGCUGCGAAUCGCCGGCGAGCUUGGCGAAGCACGUCAGGUACCGUCACAUGACGGCGAGAACGUUUCCGUGUCAGUUGUGCUCGCACGCCGCCAAGUCGCAACAGGAUCUCGAUUCUCACAUGACCGUCCACACUAGCGGACCGAAUUUCUCUUGCCACUUCGAGGGAUGUCAUUUUACGUGCAAGGGAGCUUACGCUUUAGACAGGCACGUAGAACGAGUACAUAGUCUAGCGGUGCGAUGGUACUGUUGCCACGAGUGCCCGAUCAAGUACCGAAAGAGUUACAGGCUGACGAAACACCUUAUAGAGGCCCAUCGAUUGCAACUGCCAAGCGGACACAAACGCUUCCAUUACACGCAAGACGAAGACGGGUGUUACAGGCUCCAGAUGGUGCGAUACGAGGCCGUGGACGAAGAAAACGUGUCGCCCAUCGCGGAAGAGGCGCAUUUACCAGAAAGAAAGUAUAAAAUAGAGCUAAAUCAAACUGCCUCGUCGAUGGAGUUAAAGAUUGUCGAGAAUAAUACGGAAGACAAAGUGGAAGAGGCUGUACAGGAGCCACCGGAGGAAACGGCAGAGAAUGACGUUGCCAAGUCUGUACCUAUUAUAUCUAAUAUUUUAAUAUCUAUCGACGAGGUAGACGAGAAAGGCAAUAUAAUAAACCAGGAGAUCGUUGAGAUACAAGAAACGAAAGAGCUACCGCCAUCGGAAGAACUACUGCUAAUUUUAACAUAAGCUUGAUGUACAUAUUUUUUUUUUUUUUUUUUAGAAAGAUACUCUUGUGAUAAUUGUGCACGUUUUUUUGUAUCAUUACAUUUUACUACUGCGAUUUUACGUUAUGUAGACUGAAGGUAUACGCGUUUAAUACUCCGAUUACUUUGGAAAAAUUUACUUUUAUUUGCCUUUUAUUAGCUAACAAAUUCUCAGAAUAUUAAUUUUCAGAAAUUGAUGGUGCAAGAACUUUGUAUAGAAGUAUGUCAUGUAACAAAUUAAACAUUUAUUUUUACAA